AUGGAACAUUUUCUUUAUGCAUCCCAAUCUUGUUUUAAUGGAGCUGAAGAUAACUUGGGAAUUGGGAAUGAUGCUUUGUCAUAUGCUGAAUUCUUGCAUACAACACGAGAUUUUGAAACUGCAAAAAAGUUGUAUGAGAAUGUAAUCAAAGGGAUACCAGAAAAUAAAGAUUAUAGUGAUCCAUAUAACUUGGCUGUUGGAAACAUGGUAUGGGAGGAUAUUCUUUUGGCAGCAACUUGUGCUUUAGGACAACUUGAAUCACACAUGGGGAACUUUGGUGAUGCUGAAGAGAUACUAAAAAGGGCACUUACAGUGACUGAAGAACGUUUUGGUUCUCAUCAUCCAAAUAUUGGAAUAAUAUUAACUUGCAUAACUCUCAUGUUUAGGCACAAAGCAACAAUAGAGCAUUCUAGUUCCCUUAUGGUCCAAGAGUUUGACUGGGAAGGAGAUCUGCCCCUAUCAUUUUCACAAAGAGAUCUGGUAAUUUAUGAAAUGCAUGUUCGUGGAUUUACAAGCCAUGAGUCUAGUAAGACAGAGUCUCCUGGUACUUACCUUGGUGUAGUGGACAAACUUGAUCAUUUAAAGGUACAUGCUCAAUAA